UCUUGCAAGCUCUAGCAGCGGGAUGCUGUGCUCUAAGCAGCAUGGAGCUGCCUCGAAUAGCUUCCCAGACCUCCAUUUGUCCUCCCAGCAUCCAGAUGUUGACGGAGUACAGCAAGCCUCGCACUCCUGUCAGCAAGAGAUUGCUAAGUGCUUCCAUCCAACCAGCUGAACCGCAAUUUGCCGUUCUUCCAUCCGCACCAUCCUACCAGCCCAGCCGCAAGCGCGAGGAAGCACGUGCUCUGCAAAACCUGAGGAAGAGAAUGCAAGCGGUCCGAGUCCUACAGGCUAACAAACCGGAACCCAUCGAAGCGACCUGUGCCAAUAAUAACAUUAGUCCUGCCGAUUUAGAUAAUAGAACGUAUCUUCUGCAGAAGAUUUUAAGCAACAGACCUGUGAGCAUGGUGUUGGAUAUUUCUGACCUGACGACCGCUUGGAAGGACAGCGAUUUUAUAACGGAUUGUCUUUGCUGGCAUAAUGUGUAUAGACAAAGGCAUGGAUCUCCGGCUUUGUCUAUGUCGUCUGAGCUCUGCUAUCUUGCACAGACUUGGGCCAACCACCUCGCUCACACCAACCGAUUUUAUUACCGGUACGACAAAGACAUCGGCCAAAAUUUAUUUUGUCGUCCUUCAAACGUUCUGGUAACUGACGUCACAGGACAAGAAGUAGCCACUUACUGGUAUCGUGCCGUUCGUCAGUACGACUUCAAUAAGGAGCCGGACAUUCUGCAUGCAAAUGUUAAUGCAGGCCACUUUACACAGUUAGUAUGGGCAGCUUCUCGUCACUUCGGUGUAGGAAAGGCUCGAUCCAGAUCUGGGAAGAUCGUCGUUGUUGCUCAUUACGCUCCAGCUGGAAACAUUUCUGGAGCUUACCUUGAAAAUGUGCUUCCUCCGUCAGCCGAAUACUUCACGUUGCCUCCGAUUCCACAGAGUCGCUUCAUGGUGCCCAGCGAGAGCUCCACACCGGAUUCAGCCCGGAGCAUCUCCGGAAGCACCUGAUUUUGUGAAGUUAGAUUUAUACAGAGGAGACAUGCUGUAUUUUGAAUUUUUUAUAAUUCGGUUAAUUGUGUCAAAGGGCUAAUGUUGAUAAGCAAGUUGUAAUCGGAAAGUGCGGCGGAUUUCACGUUAAGAAUAGUGCGGUUAUUAUUCUUCGAAGGGAAAUCUGCUGCAACUUCUAAUUACCAGAUUUGCUCAUGAGUGCCUAUUUUCGUAAUUGGUAAUACAUUUUAUAAAGUCAGUAGAUAACGUUGCAGGAAAUUUUCUAAAGUAAUUAUUCCUGGUCGAAAGUUAACGUUUUUUUCUGAUAACAUUACCAUGAUAAUAAAUUGUAUUUACACGAAUUUACAGGUGUUAACAGAGACAACAAUCUGACAAUCAAGUCUUGUAUUAGUUUAUUCUGUACAAAAAUGUUUUUACUUAUUUCCAACGAAUUUCUUUAAAACAAUCUGUAAAUGUCUUGACACAGGUGGUGAAAUCCAUUUUCGAUAAUGUUGGAAACAAUCCCAAGAAACGCUAAAUACGUAUUUAAUAAAUGAAGCUUUUAUAGCUUUAGACUGUUCUAUGCUUAUGAGUAAUUUUAAUGUAGACGUUGUAGUGAAAUUUGUUUUGUGACUCAUUUUUACAAAUGAUAAUUUUAAUUGCAUUUUUAAGAUGUCGUUCAAACUAAGAAGGUUCUAAAAUACAUAACACAAAGCGGUCUAAAUAUGUGGUCUAACAUUAAUAAUGUUUUUUAAACCCAAGGCCGUAUUGUAUUAAUGCACAAAAAUCUUUCCGUGAUAACAAGAUUACAAAACAGGAGGUAACUGCUACCUAGUAAAUUUCUCAUUUUUUUCCCGAUAAACAGACAAUAUGUUUAAGAGUGUAAAAUAAUGAGGAAAAUAAAAAGUAAGGACAUGUCAGAACAACGUUCGAAUAAAAGUGUUCAUACAGCUUACAAUAAAAAAAAUUAAUUGUUUGUAUUCCACAACUGAGAAUACUAAUUCUCAUGUUAUAAACGUUAUAAAAAGUCACUUCUAUUCGUCAGAAAUGAAAUAAUAUAAUUACAAAUGAAGGGACGAAAGUAGGUCUUAGUGAAUUUGUAUUUGUAGCUGGCAAUUAUUUAGUCACUUUUUCCUUUUGUAAAAUAUACACACAGACAAUAGGGUUGUUCCUAAAAACUACUCAUACAGUUAUAACAUGAUAACUUCGCCUAGAAAGAUUUAUAAACUCUCUUUGAAAUUAUAGUUCAUGUUAUAAAUUUUGAGGUUUUUGCUUUAUAUGUAAUUUUGAAACGCACUGGAUUUGUUUCAUAUCUUUUAAACAUGCGUUGGAUUAUUGUUAGUUCAGCCAUAAAAGAUUUUUCAGUCAAUCCAUCUCAAAUUUUUAAAAAGUAUUGAAUAAAAAUUUUUAAUAUUUAAAGAAGUAUUUGUGGUCUAAUAUAGUGUGUAUUUUUAUCGUCAACAUACUGUUCACUAUACUUUUUAGUUAUUGAAGUUUCGCCAACACCGCUGCUAACUUAAGUUUGAUUAGGUCUCUUUGUUGUUUUUUGACACAACGUAAAAGUUAAAAAAAUACAUUAUGAUCUGAGAAAUAACUGUCGUUUGAUAUAUGAUUUAUGUAUAUGUAUUAAACUUCGGCUAAAAAUAUUUACAUUUUACAACUGUAAACAUAUUACAGCGGAUCCCUCAUAAAAUUCAGUAAAUACAAGUAAUAGUCCGUCACAUAAACAGCAAAAUAGACCACGUGCCGUAUUGAAAUAAUUUUUAUUUGUUACUCUUAUAAUAGAUAUGUGAAGGUCUUGGCCAGGCAAGCGGAUUUACUGCGUAUAACCAGACUAUUUCUUGAGCCAAACUCGUAUAUGUAUUUACCAACAAGUUGACAAAAUAAUUCAGUUUGUUAAAAUUUUCAAAAAUGAAAGUAAAUGUCAAAUGACUAUGACAUCUUUUUUAUUAUCAUUAGUGAAAGUGUAUGUACUAGAAGAAAAAUAUAACUUUAAAUUAAGGCUAAUCAAGUUUCGAGGUUUCUUUCUUUACAGGAACAAGAUGCCAAUAAUAGCAGUGACCACAAAACAUUUCAAAAAUAGAUAUUUUAAUAUGUUGACAAUAAAAACCACAAAUAAGUUUGACGACAACACAUUCUUCUUACUUGGGCAAGUCAUACUUCACGAGAAUAAUAAAUCGGAUGUCACAAAUAUCGAAUGAAAACAAUACUAAAUUUUUGUUUGUCUGAAUGGAAUAUUAUGUGAUUUUCAAAAUGAAAUAAUUAAAUUAGUCAAAAUUUAUAUGUAUUAAUAAUAAACACAUAACAAGUUGAACCACUUUAAAAUAUAACAUAAAUUUAAAUUGUAGGCUUUGAACCUAAAAUCUUUGAUGAAAAUAUUAAAAAGUAAACAACUAGAAGUUUUAGCUAGCACUUUUAAUUUUUUCGAUAAACCCUAGUGUCUACUAUGUACAAUGUUUUUUUUUUGUCAUACAUAUAUUUUUUUCUCAAAUUUUGUGUUAGGUACAAUAAAACAAACAAACAAAAGCUUUACUGCUAAUGUAAUUUGUCGAGCUUUUAUUAUGUCACUUAAAUAACCUCUUCGACUUUGCUGUUAAAUCUUGUUGCAUAUUUGCUCCUAUACUUCUUUCAACUUCAUAUGUUAAUUUUGCUUGUUCUAAUUGUUCUAUAAUCGAUUUUGUGUAUACGUGAAGGUACUUGCGUGACUAAUUAUCAUAACUUAACAAAUAAAAUAACUUUAAAACACCUUAUAAAACUUUUCGAUUAUUUCAGUCAUUAAAAACGAAGAUUGAAAAAGCGAACAUAAGAUUAGUGCCGAUACUUGAUGGGUGCCAAAUAAAUAACAUAAUGCUAAAAAAAUCGAACAUUUUUAACUAAACCUUUUUAAUUAUUAUGCUAUAAUGUCAGUCAUUAUUUUAACAAUUUAAUAAUUAGGUACCUAUAUUUUUAAAAAUAAGCUAACUUUUUAUCGAAAGCUCAAAGCUCUAUUGCUGUGCAUAAUCAACUUAAUCAAAGAACAAUCUGAAGUUUUUAUCGAUUGAGAACAAUCAGAGCUAAUUGAAUACGUCCAAAUUUAGAAGAAUCUUAGAUAGAUGCCAUUUAGAACGUAGAAGUAUUGUAGAUUUUACUACUUUUUGCACUUCUUGUAUACUAUCUAAAACUCUUGCACGCGCAGCACUUAUCUGCAUAGCACGAAGCAAAUGCAUUUAACCUAAUGAACUUCGGACUGUACCUAACAAUCUCAUAAAUAAUAAUAAAAACAAAUCUGGAAGACAUGGUUGGAACAAAAGCACUUGGUAAACAUUGAUUGCGUUUAUAAUUAUGUUUUUUAUUGAAAAUAAAUAACGGCCAUAUUUCGAAAACAUCGUCGCGUUGCUACGUACAUAUCAUUUAAAUGGAUUAUAAUUAUUAUGAGUGUUCUUAGCGUUAUGAAAUUGUGGGUGUUUAGUAUACAAAUAUCACUUAUUUUUGGAGGUUUCUGUGAUUUUGUACAAUCAAAAUAUUUUGCUCUCUGUAAUAGGUGGUGUAUAUAGUUAGGAAAGUUAUGAUACUCAUUUGACUGUACUUAUAGUUAUGUGGCAAUCAGUGUUGCUCAUAAUCAAAGAAGAUCCCCUCCCUAAGCAUGUGCCUAACAAAAUAUUGCUUUGCUGUAAAAAUAAGGUUGUGAAUAUAGCUUUAGACGUUAGAUGUUGCGACAUUCACAUAAUAUGGCAAAAGAGCAUUCUGAUAAUUAUUAUUAACAGUGUAAAUUUCUUUAUUUUUACUCUUAUCAUUCAAAAAGUACACCACAAAUACAUAGAAAGUGCUUAAAUUUUUUUAUUGUUACUACUACACCUAAAAACUGCUGAAAGCUUAUAAUAUGUUGCGCGAUAUAACAAAUAAUUAUAAGAGAAUAACUGCAAACAGACAACGUAUGUACACUAUAGAUUGCCUUUUAUGUGAAUAUAAUAGCAAUAUACCUGAAUGUUACCUAUUCGUUUGUAAAAAAUUACAAGUAGUACAUUGUAUCAAACUGUAGGCUGUGAAUGAUGUAAAAUGUUGUUAUUCGUUACAAGUAAUCGUAAAAAUAGUAUGUUAUUGUAAGGUAUUACGUAACGUAGACAGCAUAAUUUUAUAAAAUUACUUUGUAGUAAUGUUAAUGUUGUUAACUGAACAUGUGCAAGUCCCGACAGGCAAAUUUACACAAACUGUGACAAUUUGCUGUUUUUAUUUUAAUAAUGUUAAUAGAUUUUUGUAGUGUAAAACACAAAUGUAAACAUGAAAGUAGCAGUAAAGUAAAAAAAUUAGUGCCAUAUUUACAUCUGAACUACAAAAAAUUUAAAAAAUAACCUGGGAAAUUAAUCAUGACGUGGAAAACUACAAAAUCAAUCGAUCAUACAAUACAGUCAUUCGAGUAAUUUUCAUUAAAUUCGUCUGCAUAUCCAAAACUUUCCCAGGAUAACAAUAUAGUACCUAACAAACUGUUAUAGUUUUCACGUAUUUAUUUUCUCAGAUUUAAAUCCAAUAAAUCCAAAUCAUGAUUCAAAACAACUGUUGUGGCUUGCAUGGUAUACCUAGGUACUACUUUAACACCAACAUUAUUAAUACGUUAUAUUAUACAUACCUAAAAUAACUGUUGGCGUUGUUAAUGUAAAUGCUGUGUUUGUUGUUAAUAAACAAAUU